AUGGCUCCAGCAGGCGUCCAGGCACGCCGCACGCUCGCCACAGAUGCCACCGCGAAGCCCGCGUCCAGCGGGAACAGCACCAAUGGAACCAGUCGACUUUCCCAUGACUUUGCCCGCGAGACCAGGACCGGCGGCUGGCUCCCCGGCAUGGACCCCAAGGUCGACUACUCGGGUCACGUCGAGUUUGGCGGGUCGCUGGGCGCGCUCGGCCUGAUGAUCGGCUUCCCCCUGCUGAUGUACUACAUGUGGAUUGGGGCGACAUACUACGACGGGCAGCUGCCCUGGCCGCGAGACGGCGAGUCAUGGCCUGACUUUGGCCGGCAUCUGGUCCAUCUGGUGUACACCGGCGCUUAUCCGCACGCGCGCACCUGGAUGAUCUACUGGAUGUACUACGUCUUCGAGUGCGCCUGCUAUGUGCUGUUGCCGGGCUACACGGCGUACGGCAAGCCGCUGGCUCACCUGGGCGGGAAGCAGCUGAAGUACCACUGUUCAGCGUACGUCAGCUUCUAUGCGACGAUUGCGUUGAUGGUGGUGCUCCAUGCGACGGGCAUCUUCCCGCUGUACACGCUGCUGGAUGAGUUUGGGCCGCUGCUGUCGGUGUCCAUUCUUUCCGGCUUCUUGACCAGCUUCGUCGUCUACUUCUCUGCACUUGCUCGAGGCGCGCAGCACCGCAUGACCGGCCACCCCAUUUAUGACUUCUUCAUGGGGGCCGAGCUGAACCCGCGCAUCUUGGGCGUCGAUCUGAAGAUGCUGCAAGAGGUCCGCAUCCCCUGGUUUAUUCUGUUCGGACUCAGUUGCGCCGCCGCGAUGCGCCAGUACCAGCAGUACGGCUACAUCUCCGGCGAGGUCCUGUUUCUCGUCAUGGCCCAUUUUCUUUACGCCAAUUCCUGCGCCAAGGGCGAGCAUCUCAUCACGACCACCUGGGACAUGUACUACGAGAAAAACGGCUUUAUGUUGAUCUUCUGGAACAUGAGUGGCGUCCCCAUGUCGUACUGCCAUUGCACGUUGUACCUGGCCAACCAUGACCCGUCCACGUAUGCCUGGAGCAAGCCGGCACUCGCUGCCCUCUUCACAGCCUACCUGUUUAUCUACUGGGUCUGGGACACAUGCAACAGCCAGAAAAACUCGUUCCGCAUGGUCGAGCGGGGCACUUUUGUCAAGCGCACCACCUUCCCCCAGCUGCCAUGGCAGGAACUCAAGAAUCCCAAGGCGAUACCGACUCGGACCGGCGACAGGAUUCUCGCUGAUGGCUGGUACGGCAUGGCGCGCAAGCUGCACUAUGCCUGCGAUGUGUUCUUUGCGCUUUCGUGGGCGCUGAUCACCGGGUUUGACAGCCCAUUCCCCUGGUUCUAUCCGACCUUCUUCUGCGUCAUGAUCGCGCACCGUGCGCGGAGAGACAUUCGACGCUGCAGACUCAAGUAUGGAGAUGCGUGGACGGAGUAUGAGAGACAGGUGCCGUAUCUUCUGGUCCCGUACGUGAUUUAG